UCAUGGCGGAGUUCGCCGAAGUCAUUUCAAGUGUUCAUUUCCUCUUUUUUGCGUAACUUAUAAGUUUUAACUUAUUGUGCAUAUAAUCUCAGAAUAUUUAUGUUUAAUUUUAUAUAUUUUAUGUUUGGUAUCAUGAACAGUUCGCCAAUGAAUUCUCCUGUCUCCGUCGCGAAGUGCUCGAAUACAUAUUCAUCCAAUCUAACCUCUGUUGACAAUGGAAUCCUAGGCCUAGACCCUAGAGUUCAUUAACGGCUGAUAAUUUCAGCCUUUUUCUCAAUUUCACCUCAUAUUUCGAAGAUAUGACAAGUAUUCGUGCAUUUUAUAUUCCAUGCGUCUUUCUAUGCCUUACAUGUUGGAUCAAUUUGUCUGUCGAAGAAGAUUCCGGAGUGAACCAACCUUUGAAUCUGACUAUUAUCAACGUAACAAACUCAUCUAUAUCGUUACGAUGGGCACCUCCCGCCAAUAUGUCAGUGCCUCUUCUUGAAUAUCGGGUUUAUGCCUCUAACACCUACAGCCGCAGCAACAUUUCCAGCAAUGUUCCUGCACAGCCAACAAACCAUUCAGUUGAAUUUACUGUGGACGGUCUUGAGUCAUUCACGCCGUAUGAUUUAUGGGUGAGAGCAGUUCUUGACUCUCGGGAGGGUGAACUUUCUACUGUUGUCAAUGCUCAAACUGAUGUCGCUCCGCCAUGUGCUCCAAGAAUCCUGAAUACAACUUGUCGAGUAGCUCACGAAUUGGCGGUUUUGUGGGAGCGUCCUGUUUGCUUCAACAACUCUCUAGACUACUACUUCAUUCUGUACCGCCCAAUGACUGUCAGUGAAGAUAAAAGUCUGGAGAUCGAGACUUCAAAAGAUGUGGAAAUACAAGAGGCUUCAGUUCCUGUGUCGGACAAUAAUACAUAUGAGAUAAAAAUAGUCGCAGCAACAAAAAGUAUCGUUCAACCAAGUCGCUUAGUUGAGGGUCCUCCGUCAGCAGCAUGGACAGUGUACUAUCAGAGCAACUGUGGGUCAGAAAGAGCAGAACCCCAGGGUAGCAUAACCAUGACUAGUCUCCUCACAUGUCUCAUUUGUGCCAGCUUAACUGUGUUUUUGCUCACGAUUGGUGUAAUAGUCUGGAGGUAUCAUUGUGUUUGUAGGCGGUGUCUACACGCUGCUUACUAUUAUUUAGACGAUGGCCAGGUUUUUCAAACGGUGCCUGUUCAGAUCCCCGAUUGGGAUGAACAGAAAGGAGCAAUCCCUCUGAGCGCGUUUGAAGAGCAUGUGAAUCAGCUUCACGCAGACGGUGACAUUGGUUUCAGCAAGGAAUAUGAAGCAAUCCAGUUUGAUCUCUCCAAUCAAGACUCCUUAUUUACAGCUCAGUAUUUGUCGCAACAGCCUGAAAAUAAGAACAAAAACCGUUACUUAAAUAUUUUGGCCUAUGAUCACUCCAGAGUCCGUCUAGCGCCUGUGCCUGGAGUUCGAGGUAGUGAUUAUAUUAAUGCCAAUUUCAUUGAUGGAUUUAAGCAGGCAAAUGCUUACAUUGGCACGCAAGGUCCUCUACCAACAACUUUUGAUUGUUUUUGGCGAAUGAUUUGGGAGCAGCGCGUUGUUAUAAUCGUCAUGAUAACAAAUCUUGUGGAAAGAGGAAGGCGGAAAUGUGACAUGUACUGGCCAAAAGAAGGUACUGAAACAUACGGCUCCGUUCAGGUUACAUUGAUCAAAGAAGAUAUCAUGGCUAUGUACACUGUUCGGACUCUAGAAAUUUCUCAUUUAAGAGCCAAAAGAAAAAAUAGCAAUGGCGGUGGUGGAGAACGAAUAGUUUUUCAAUAUCACUACACCAACUGGCCUGAUCAUGGAACGCCUGAUCAUCCAUUGCCAGUUCUUAGUUUCGUAGAAAAAUCCUCAAACGCCAAUCCUUCAGAUGCUGGCCCAAUAGUUGUUCAUUGCAGUGCUGGCGUAGGCAGGACAGGGACUUACAUUGUCUUGGAUGCUAUGUUGAAGCAAAUUCGUCACAAAGGGGAAGUCAGUAUUUGCAAAUUCCUGCAUCAUAUUCGUAAUCAACGAAACUUUCUAGUUCAGACUGAAGAACAGUAUAUUUUCAUUCAUGAUGCUUUGUUGGAGGCAAUUAACUGUAGUCAAACUCAUAUAGGUCAACAGACGAUGCUGGAGAUCCUUCAGAAUCCAACUGAUACAACAACUGAAGCUUGGAAACAAUUGGAAGUGCAUUUUAAGAUGGUCAUUUCGUACGAGCCGAAAGAUUAUAAUCUAGUGAGUGCGAAUAAAUCAAGUAAUCAACCAAAAAAUAGAAAUAAAGAUCUACUUCCAGUAGAAAGUAGUAGAGUUUAUCUUACACCCAAACCAGGAAUUGAUGGUAGCGAUUAUAUCAAUGCCUCGUGGUGCCUAGGUUUUAAGAAGUUACGUGAGUUUAUUAUAACUCAGCAUCCUUUAGAAUCAACAGUAUUAGAUUUUUGGCAAAUGAUUUGGGACCAUAAUGCUCAAACUAUUGUUUUAUUAACUGACCCUGAAAACUCCCUAGAGGAGUAUGGAAUUUUCUGGCCUCAAGAGCCUGAAGAAAUUCUAGAUGGUGAUAGUUUUAAGGUUAAGUGCAUAGAGCAUAACGAAUUAGAUGGAUACAUCACAAGGGACUUUACUGUGCAUUCGCAGCAAGAUGAUUAUGAAUUAUCCGUACGCAUAAUUCAGUCUUCAAACUAUUUUUCCAAUCUUGAGUCUUUGUACAAACUUCUUGAAAUUGUUCAAGAGUGGCAUUUAGAAUAUCAAAAUGGACCUGUUGUUGUAGUAGACAAGUUUGGUGGAACAGAGGCAGCUACAUUUUGCUGCUUGGCAACAUUAAGCAAACAACUGGAGUAUGAAAACAGUGCUGAUGUUUGCAUGUAUGCCAAAAUGUACCAUAACAGGCGUCCUGGUAUUUGGAAAUCAGUCAAUGACUAUCUUUUGUUGUACCAAGCGCUGGAAGGUCUUGCAGCCAGGAAAAAUAUUGCCAUAGUUCCAACAAAUGCAAAUUGCAAUUUGAAUCAUAGUCUUACCAAUGGAUAUACAAAUACAAAUGGUUCAAACGUGCAAGCAUAGGUAAGAUUAUGAAAGUACAUAUUUUCCAAUUGUUACGCCCUAUUUUGUGGAACUUGGCGAUAAUGAAAAAUUAACUUUAAGUUAGUCAAGAUCAUAUGUGAAUUGAACAAGUUUCUCAUCAAUUUAAAAAAAAGGGAGAAAAAAUAAUUAGGUGGAAGAAUUAAGAAGAAAUGGCGUAUCUACUUCUAAAAUCUACUUUUACAUUGUUAUUUUGAUAGUAUUUUCUCAACUUACAAUCUUUGAUGUGACUCGAUGACUUUUUUUAUAGCUCUUUUAUACCACUUCCCCUCAAUUUGUUACUUACAGUGAAAAACGACUUUUUCAUGUUUUGUCAUCAAUCUGAGUUUAGCAGAAAGAAACUCUUUUGGAUUUUUCAGAAUCAUCAUAUCUGCUAUUGAUGCAGAUAGGAGCUUAUCUAAAAAUGUCUUCGGACCCAGUUUCUUUUUGAUAAACGUGGCUCAGUUAAUGCACUUUUCAUUUCAAGUAUCCUUAAACUUGAAAAGCUUUUGCAAUUCUGCUUUUUCAAGAAGGGAUGAAAGUAAACAAGUAACGGACUAACCAUGGUUUCAGGUUUUAGAAGUAGUUCAUUUUUGUCAACAUUCUUGUAUUCUAUUGCCAUUGGUCUCAUAACUAAUUUUCUUGUAUUGUGUGUAUCAAAUAGUCAAAUUCAUGCUACAUACAAUAAAAGCGCCAAAGUUUCCAUUAGAUAAUUUAUAUUUACAGAGAGUAAAGUCUGUGGUUGUUUUGACACAUGUAAAAAGCAAAAUGCAAAUCAAAAUUAGUCGGAUCGAUAGAAUUUAUUGUAAGUAGUGCGAGUAAUAUUAUGCCAGAAAAAUGGCUGGCCAUCCUUUUCAGCUUGCUCUUUUAUCUGCCCCUCUUUUUAGUUAGUAUAGUUAUACCUCGAUUGUCUACUUAUCACUUUUCCGACAAGACAAUGAGACAUAGCCGACCCGCUAAUAUUUGCCUUUAAAAGAGAAAUUUGGCAGCCGUUACGAGGUUAGUGAAGGUGUCGUGACAGAUGAACGGUUUUGUGUGGGUAACUUAAUAUCUAAUGCAUUAUCAUGCAUUUGUGGAUGCAUAUUUCAUAUAUAUUUAAUGUCAUUUUAAGCGUUUAAUGCAUUUUUGAUUAUGCAGCAUUUUAGAUAUCCAACUCAAGCUUCCGUUAUAAAUCAUAGGACAACCGAGGUAUUACUGUACAUUCAAAAAGCGAGUCAAAAACUUGAUAGAGUUUCUUAGAACUAAGAAUAUUAUGUUUUAAUCCCUUCUAAGUGCUAUGCAAGUAGAAAAUUUGAGUUAAAGUUGAUUUAGGUCGGUUUAAAAGUAAGAACCAUAUCAUAACUUGAAGUAACUGAUACAGGUGAAGUUACGGAUCAUCAGUUGUAGGUUUAUUCUUGUGGAGGCUAUCGUGAUUUUUCAAUCAUCCGUUAAUGUGUGUUACUAUGUCAUUCAGUAGGUAAUUUUGCAGUUAAAUAUUUUUGACUCGCUUUUUAUGAUUUAUCAUUUGUAUUAGUAUUACUUUCCAUACUUUUACAUUUUCAGUUUUUGUACAAAUCAUUCUCUGAGAUGCCUUAUUUUAGUUUUAACCGUUUUGAGGGCAAAAAUUGGUUGUUAAAAGUUGCUUUUCUGCGCUGUGUUCUCACAUUGUAGCAUCUUAUAAUUUAUUAAAAUAGACUGAAACAUGACUGAAGUUUUUCAAAUGUUUUGGAAUUUUGUAAUUUUAGUUACAUCCAAAAUCCUUGUAAAUUUUCAGCAUAUUGUAAUUGACAGUCAACAGCGUGAAUAACGUUGAAAGAAGACCUCAGACUCUAAGUCUGGUUAGAUGUUGUUCCCCUCCAACACUUAAUCGCUUUUAAAGCUCUUGUCAACUUCAUUUUCCUUUCUUUUGUACAUUUUUACCCUGGUAUAUUCUCAUAUCGUACAAAAUCAUUUGAUGUGUCUCUCCUCUCAAACGAUCCGUAUAGUUGUGCAGACUGCUCUUGCUCAGAUUUAAUUUGAAUCCUAGGUAGGUUUGAAUUUUAUUUGUAAGCAGUGCCAAAGAUUUCUAUGCUUUGAUUUCUAAUUUAUUCUUUUUCUUUUAUUAUAAUUAGUUUUAUCUUCUUAACCUUUUUUAAGAAAAUAAUUAUUUUUUCUUCUGAGGAGCAUGUAAAAGUUGCUUGUACAUAUACACAUUCUCUUUGCUCAGAAUUUUCAGAAACCUGUUUGUUUGUUUGCAUUUUCAGCAAUCUUAAAGAUGCUGCUGUAGCUCUGUUGGAAAUUUCAAAAUUGCAUCCUAUUAUGAUUUUAUUUAUUUUCCUUUCAGAACUUAAAUUUUAGCAUAGGUGACUUUUCUCUGAAGAAUUGUAAUUUUAGUACUGGUGACUUGUACUUCCCUGGUGCCUGUUUCAAUCUAUUAAUGAUUCCCUUGAAAAUUGAAUUUUCAAUUCGUAAUCAUCGAAGAUUCGUAUUUCCUGUUAUUUCAAACUGUGAUAUUCAUUUUCCCUCUUCUUUUAUUUAUUUAUUUAUUAUUUUUUUUUAGUUUUGUGGUGCCAAAAAAAAAUUUGUUUCAUUAAUUCUGCUGGAAGAAUCUUGGUUCAACCAAACUCUGUCUUUCAGCAUAACCCCUAUACUUCUCCCAUUAAAGUAUUCAAAGAGCGCAACUUGUUAAUAGAGCCAAAAGUUGACCUUAAAAUCAUUAAGUGUCACAAAGUUUUUCUAAUUGAACAUCAUGAUCAUGUCAUUUCAGAUGUUUGAAUGAAAGCCAAAAAGAAUUCUUUGAACACAGUGUUGAAUGGUAACCCUAUAUUUUUAGCGGAUGCCGUUCCUCAAAGCUCAUCUCAUGACUGAAAAGUUACCAUUGCACCUUCAGAGUUUGUCAUAUUGAUUCUUGGGGAAAAUUGUUUAAAGACUAUAUCCUGAUAUUUUCAAAUUACAGUUUUCUAGAAAGGACUUCAAUGUAGUAUUUUAAUAAUGUUUACCAUCGUGUCUUCCUUAAGUCUUAAGGGAUCAAAUGAGCACAUGGAAAGAAGUAAAAAUGUUGGGUUGCAAGGUCAGAAAAAACCUUAGUCAGAAAGCGUAACAGAAAAUAACAAAUAUCAAUUAAUGAGGAACUGAGAGGUACUGGGGAUAUGAAAAUAAUUAACAUGGAUGACAGUUCUGGACCUUUACGACUAUGUGUAGUUCCCUUCCAUUAACUGUUUGCUUGUGUGUUAAUUUUGCUAGCUUCACAGUGCUACACAUUUUUCAGUAUAGUGAGUCAUUCAAAGAUCAUUAAAGAUAGUUGAUCAAAUUUGUCGGUGCAAUGGUAUCAAAUUCAGAUUUCCUGUAAAAUCUGCAGGAAAUGACUUGUGAAGUACAAAGAGUGUGUGUGGGAAGAGGUUGUCCCAUUUAUCAUGGUUAUUCAGUAGAUUUCAUCGAAAAAAUUUCUGUAUUUAUUUUACUGAAAGCUGUUGUAGAAGCAAAACUCUUUCUCCCAUUUCCAAAUGAUCUCCUCAAGUUUGAAUUGAAACAGAGGCAUUUUAAAAGUGCAACCGAGCAAUAAAUAGGACUGAAAGCUCAACGUUCUGAUCAAUGUUCUUUUAAUCUUUCGUGUCAUGUCACUCUUUUCUUCAGCAGUCGUUUCGGUCCUCAGCCAAAUUUUAACCGUGUCAUUCAAUUGUACUUGUUACAGAAAAAAGUUUUGAUAGUUCAAGUUUAUAAAUUAGCAAAAAUUAAUGAGAUUUGUCCAAAUGUAGAAGUUCUACAUCCAUUAAUAAUGGAGAUAUCACUCAUCAAAGAACACCUAUUAUGGUUUCAUCCACUGCGAUAGUGCAUAUCAAAUUUUUCUCCACUUCAGUUUCAUCAAUCAGUGAUACACACAGUUGAACAGAUUGCUUGACAUUUGUUGUCACAAACACAUUUGAAGUCUGAUGGGUACUUAUUUGCAUUUUGCUAAUAUGAGUGUGAAUAUCUUUGGUAACAUACACCUGAAACAAAUAAUGAAAAAACUGUGCUGAGUACGAACUCAAGACAAAGAUUACCUAAUUUGGCGAAAUUUUUAGUACUACCAGGAGAGUCAUCCCCAUCAACCUUCGUGACGCCAUCCAUAAUCCAUACCAUGGUUCCUUCUACCUUAAAUUCAUCAAUUAGUGUUACAUACAGUUGAGCGGGUCACUUGAUGUGAAACAUUAAUGAAAUCAAGGUGGAAGAAACCGCAGUAUGUGCUACUACAGUAGAUUAUGUCUAAUACCAUAAGUGAUAUCUUUGAUAAUAUUGGACAUUGGAACCUGAUGUUUAAACAGAUCGUAUAAAUUUCUGCUAAUUUCUAAGUCAAAUCAUCUCAAAACAAUUCUGUGGCGGGCACAAGUGACCGAUUGGUGGUCAAUUCAAUACUGAAAUCAAAAACUUCCGUUUUCAGUGAAUCAACUACGAAGAAAGCACAAUUUGUCAAUUAUAUAUGCAUUUUUCACUCCAGACAGUUUUACUGAAGGGGUCAGUAAUAUAUGGUCAUCCAUAAACAUUAAUUUCAUAAAAUUUUCUUAACAUGUAAGUGAAUUCAUUAUAAGUCUAUUCUAGUGUACAUUUUUACUGAAUUACACAUCACCUAUCGAUCUCAGGUACAUAAAACUUUUGUUAAGCUAUUCCUAAGUUUGGUUAUUGGUAGGCAAGCAUACUUCCCAUUUACGACUCAUGGUAGGAUAUCUCAUUUGUCAUUUUUUCAUGGACAUCAUGUUUAAUGUAGUACAUGUGGACCCAGUUUAACAGAAACGCACCAAGUUUGAACCAAGAAAAUGAGCUUUGACAUUUUAUACCUCCGUAAGACUCACUCUUGGGGUCAAAGUUAAAAGAAUAUUUUGACAUUCAAAACAUUUCUCCUCAACUUUGAACUUUUGACAGGAAAAAAUUUACGUUUACUUCAUUUCAAAGCCACCUCUAAAUCAUUUUUUUAUUCCGAAGUCCGGCUUUUUGCGUCUCUGUCCAUUUUGGUCCAUUUCUUUAUCCGUUCAAUUCACUCCAAGGGCUGCUUUCUAUGUUUGUUUUUUUAACUUGUAAAGGCUUGCUAAAACCUUCAAAUAAUAAGAAUGAUUUGAAUAUGUCCCUAAAACUGUAAUCAACCAAAUUAAAGUUUUUUGGUUCCUCUAUGAAUCCUUUGAAAUAUUGUGAUUGCGCUGAUUACUCAAAAGAAAAAUCCUCUCCUCAAGGCAACAUCCACUGUUCUGCAAUCCAAUCUACAGUUAAACCAUGGUAAAUUAACCAGGUAUGAAUUAUCAUUUUAUUCAUCUAACAGUGAUUUGAUGGUUUUUAGAAACUCAAAUGUAGAAUGUUUUGAAAAAGAAACAAAUACUGAGGAAUAUAAGGAUACCAUUUUCAAACAAGAUAUAUAACGAGUCACUUGAUAACAAGACGCAGGUGGUUUUGAUGUGCCUUAUUGAAGUUUUUAGUCAUCCUAAAAACUCACUAUCACUUACUUUCCUAUGUCAGUGACAGUAAGUUUUGAGAAGCUACUAGAAAUGCCAAAAGCUAUCAAGAUAUCUCUGUUUUUAAGUCCAAUUUUUUUUCAAUUUAUGAGUCUUUUUUACCAAGUCUGUUCUUUCAUGAUUUAAAUGGUUGGAGUUUUCUCUCGCCAUGCAUUUUAUUGACACUGCAUUUGAACUUCAAUAAAAUGUGUGAAUUUUAAUCAUAGGCAAUUUAAACUUUUAAUUCAUUUCUUAAUUUCUUCCUUUUGUACGUUUUUUUAUCACAAGGAAGCUUAAAAAAUCACAUUCCUGAUGAAGAAUCCCUCUUAAUAGAUCAGUGAAAUAGAUUAGCAUUUAUUCAUUUAGUGAGCAGAAUUACGGUUUGGCAGAUGAGUUGUUUAGACAAUGUGUUAGUGAUUUUGCCAACGUGCGCAUAUCUUUUUGAUGAUCCCUCUUCUCUGGUACUUCAGUUUUAGACUGAAUUUUAAAGCAGGCUGACAGAUUCAUUCAUUAGUUUUUUAUUUUUAUGUUUUAUCCAAUGCCCCCUCCCUCAAAUUUGUAUAGCAAAUCUUGUUAGACCAUGUCAAGCUGAGCCCCAGUCCAAUGUGUUUAGCAUUGAAAAGUGCAUUUUCAAUGUCUGUCAAUCUUCACUUUUGGCUCCUGUUGAAAUUUUAUCGCAGUUGAACAGACUCUUCUCCCCAAGGCCCCUUGCUUUUAUUUCAGUACCUCCAUAAUUUUUAAUAUUUUUAUGUUUUACUUUAAGAAUCAAAAUAUCUAAUUUUCUUUUGUAAAGUAAUUUUUGCUGUUAUUUAUUGUAUUCAUAUUCUUUUCUUGACUUUACUCCUAAAACCUGGGGACAAUAAUUUUUUGCUGCUUUUAAUGGCAAAUGAAGAAUGAAAGCUCUCCUCAUCAGGGAUAUUAUUACUUCACAAAAUGUGACCUAAAAAUCUUUCCAUUUUAAAAAAUUAAGAAAUUCUUCAAGAAAUGUGUUCUGCCAUGCUGAGCUGAGCUCAAACCUUUCUUGUGUAUGACUCAUUGGAUAGUAAAUUCAGACUCUCCAUCCUCAAACCAAUCAUGCAAUACUCCUAAAAGCAACUCUGUAAAGCAGCUCUUGUAAAUCGGCCUUCAUCUGAACGUCACAUGUCUUGUAUACUUGUGUCUUCAAACCAACCUUCUUUUGUUCAUUAACAUCUGUUUUCACUAUGUGCGCAGCCUCUUCAUUUUUCAAAGUCAUUAAUAUCUGAUCAAGUAAAUAGAGAUUGGCUGUUAUAACACUGACCCAUUUAAGUGAGCUAACUGAGUGUUUCAAUUGCAACCAUCCUUGUAGCCAAAAGUAGGGGGACUGGUCAUCAAUGAUACAAACUUGGACUUGAUUGUGCUGAACAAAACAGUGUAUGCGCAAUUAGUUUCCUUGUGCAAAUGGGUGUUUUUAUGGAUGAGCCGAAAACAGUAGUUUCUUUUUGCAGAAUGUAGGUCUGUUCUCUCUCUCGACUGAAAGAAGGAAAUUCCCCUAUUUUCUUUUCAUUUACCUACGUCAAAAUCUCUGGUGGAGUAUUUAAACUUUGUCAUCCCUAAGAUUCGUAAUUAUCUGUGCUAGCCAAUAGGCAAGCGUCUAAUUUCACAUGAGGCAUUUUAUAUUGGGAGAGAGAAUUAGAAUGCUUAGAGGAAGAAUGACAAAUGAUUGCUUAUUAUAAAAGUAAUCAUUUGAAAAUUUGAUAAUGUUUUCUCUCUUAAUUAGAUUUUUCAAUGCUUUGUUACUUGUUCAUUUGUUUUAUUAGCCCUUUCUUCCAUUUUUUUUUGCUGAAUAAUUAGUUAAGUCUAAAACAAGCUUUUUCAAUUUGUCUGAAUUGAAAUUUAUCUUUGCUGUUUGUAUUGUCUCAUUAUUUCACAACUAGCUUCAUUCGUAUGUGAAUUAUUCCUUUUUUUAUUUUUCUUUAUUUCUUUUUAUGCGACUCUUUCUAGUCUUGUAAAAAACAUCGAAUUCAUAGUCUCUCUUCUUAGACCUAAGUUUAAUUUAUUCACACACUAUCAUUGAUCAAGGCAAUCAAAGUUGUUAUGAAUACAACAAAACCCUCUAACCAUUAAAGUGCUGUAAUAUCUCUAUCAUCGCCUAAACUUUAACAAUUCUGUGACUCACUAAGCCAUUGUCUUAUGAUGAGGUGAAGAAUUCAUGCCCCUAUGUCGGUAAUAUUUUCCACUAAAUAAUAAAAACCUUUACAGUUUAGCCUUUUAACAUAGUGGCUGAAAUUACGCACUUUACUGUAAUUUCAAAUGUCGCCGUACCAAUCAUGUUCAUUAUUAUCUUGGCCUGAAAGUUUUAAUCAGUAAAGCUGGAGGUUUUUUUUUUGGAGGAGAGAGGAGAGGAAAUGGGAGCCUUUUCUUAUCGUAAAAUAUAUGUCUGUGUCAUAUUUUUACGAUCCUAAUGGCAUGGGAACUUUGAUUAAAAAUUGUUAUCCACUUGUGACUGGUUUAGGACCAAAUCAGUGCAAAUCAAUCAAUCAUCACUGUUUUUUAAGUACCUGAUUUUACUUUCCUUCUGUAUUUUUGGAUUGUAAUAUCAGUUUGUUUUUCUUUAUAACUGUUACUGUUUUUACUUCUACAUUGAAUUGCCCCAAUUUUUGAGUAACCAAACAUCUCUGGAGAGGUUUUUUCUCAUAUGAGGGCAUUUAAAAAAAAAAAAAAAAAUCGACUUUUAUUCACUGGAAACUGACGCAUUAUUCAGAAUUUUUCUUUUUUUCCUAGAAAAUUUCAAGGAUCCAUCCUCGAACUUAGAAAUGAAUGUUGUCCACAUUAACCUUGACUUAUGUAAAUCAUUGGGUAUUUCAAAUUAUAUUCAUGAAUAACAGAACCAUAGCAGGUCGUGCCUUUCUGCUUUCUAAAGUCCAAACAUUAGCCUAGAGUGGCCCCAAAUCAGCUAAAAGCGGCUAACCAGUCAGAAAUAAUAGUGCGAAAAUAAAUGGCUGCUGCAUGAAGGCUUUGUAACUCUUUUACCCUACCAACAAGAAUGAUGGUCCUAUGAGAAGUGUUUCCAUCAGAAAAAAUUCCAUUUAGACCAAAUUAAAAAUGCAGAAGAAUUCCAUUUUUGUCCCUGUUUUGUUCUCAAAUUCUGAACUUUAAAUAGUCGUAUCAUAUUUAUCAAAGUAGGUGAGCAAACAUGUUUUCCUGGUUUAUCUUGCAGUGGACAGUUUUGCCAUUUAUCACGUAAGUUUCAAGGAACCCACAGUUGUGUUUCCCCUUUUUGUUAUGCGAGCUAUAUUACACCAAUUGUGGUCAAAUUUUUCUCAUUUAUUUUUAUCAUAUUUUUUUUUACCUUUUGAUUUUUUAGGGAUGUUAAAAUGCGUAUUUGUGUAAUACAAUCAUAGGAAAAAUGAAAAAAAAAAAACAAACAAACAGAAAACAAAAAGCCUUUAAUGUGACCGGAAAAAAAAGAACACAGAAAAAGGGAAAGCGUGACUUUAAAAUCUUUGCACCAUAGUCUUGGUCAUCUAUUUUUCCUUAUUUUUUUCCUUUUCACUUUCUCGCUCCCCUUGCGGGUAGAGGAAAUAUUUGUUAAUUGUUUGUGAGGUACAACAUGUUCUUAAGUUCUCUUCAAUAUAAUCCCAAAAUUUGAAAUGUGAAAAAUACUUGAAAUCUGCCUUAAUUAGCCUGACUUUCCAACAGACCAAAGAGAAGGUUUGGAAAAAAUACGAACUCUUUGAAAACUUUCCACAGGAGAGUUGAGACCUCUAAGUAGAUCCAUGAAAUAUGAAAUGGUUGAAUCACCUUGAUUCACUAAAAAUAUGGCAAAAUAAGGUUUUUCUAUUGAGAUGAUUCGGUAUGGAAACAGUAAUUUAAAUUGAUCAAUUUUUUAUGAAAUUAUGUAAUGGUAAGCCAAAUGACUCAUGUCUGACAGCAGAAAAAAUCCCCCCUGAAAAUAGGCUUUUUGAUAAGAACCGAGAAAGUAAAAAGAAAAAAGGCGAAGGAUAGAAAUGCAGUGGCUUUAAUUUGGCAGCCUGUAUAAUUUUUUUUUGCUAUGACUAUUAGUACAUUUUCUUCACCUUUUGCAUCAUUACAUGCAUCUUUUUUUCUGAAUUUCUAUUUCGAUCCAAGCAUGGACUGAAAAAGUUUCCUCAAUGUAAAGUGCACCUCAAAGCAGUAAAGUCACUUUCUUCCAAAAGGUGGCAAAAGGUAUGCGUGCUUUCAGCUAUUGACUCCUCCCCCACGACCUCUAAAAAUUUAUGUUAUGUUGCUCGUCAAGUUUAAAUUUUGGCAAUCAUACUUACCCAAACAGCAUCAUUUGUUUCUCUUUGAAUUGUAUUAUAACAUAUUUUUAGUUCUUCAGUUUGUGAAUGCGUAAUGUUAAGACAGUAUGUUUGUAUCUUGAAUGUUUAAAAUGUAAUGCAAAUUGAGAAAAAUAGCAAAAUACAACUUCAUCACUUCAAAAUAGAA